GGCAGUAAUGCAGGUCCCAUUUUCUUCAUCAUUUACAUUAAUGACCUUAUCAUGGAUGGAAUGGUGAACUAUGUGGACGACACCAACAUAUUGGUUUCUGGAAAGACGCUAUCAGAGGUAACUGAGGAGGCAGGGGCCAGUUUGUCUGGAAUCUGUAGUUGGUUCAAUAGGAAUGAAUUGGCACUGAAUGCAUCAAAGACAAAUAUCAUGGUGUUUAGAACGAAGAAUUCCCGAAUUAAUCUGGGUGAUAGCAUAAACCUGAAUGGUGAGGAAAUGAAACCUGUUCCUGAGACAAGAUUCCUGGGAGUACACAUUGAUGAGUUCUUAGACUGGAACAAUCAUGUGGAAAAAACUGGGUUGAGACUGAGUAGCAUUGGAUAUGGAAUCAGGGUGGUGUCAAGAUAUAUGGACGAGAAAACAUUGAAAAUACUGUACCAUGCUAACUUUGAAUCUGUACUAAGAUAUGGGAUUGUGUUCUGGGGAUGCAGCUCCAGUAUACAGCUCCUUUUCAUUAUACAGAAAAGAACCAUAAGAGCACCAGCAUGAAUUCAGGUCCAACUAUGUCCAUGGAUAUAAUACAAGGACGACGAACCUCACUUAUCCGUCUCAUCGGCUUACAAGUACAGAAAAAGGUCCCUAUUAUAUGUGCAUAAAAGUUUACAAUAAACUACCAAAUACAUGCAGAUUGUCUAGCCUGAUAAAAU